AUGUUCAAAGAGGUAAAAGAAUGGACGCAGACAAUUUCUCUAUAUUUAUCGAUAUUCUUCAACUCCAUAUUGAUUUUAUUAGUUCUGACAAAAUCGCCAAAGAAAAUGGGAACUUAUAAAUUUUUGAUGAUGUAUUUUUCGAUGGUUUCAAUCAAUCUUUCGAUUCUUGAUUAUUUUUUGAAUAUUGUGAGUUUACGGCUUUUUUUUCAAUAUUUGUAAUAAUUCUUUACAUGUAAUUCAGAGCACGGUUAAUAUGAGCAACUGCUUUAUUAUCUUCAUGCAGAAGGAUUUGAAUGGUUUGAGUCAGCACCUGAAUCAUAUCCUUUUAUGUGUCACCUGUGGAUUUUAUAGUCUGAUAAUAGCAAUAAUCGCAGUUCAUUUUGUUUUUCGAUAUUUUGCGAUUGAGCGAAAAGGAAAACUCAAAUAUUUUCGGGGAAUUUAUCUUUUUGCAUGGUUAUGUAUUCCAAUCAUUUUUUGUGCAAUUUGGACUGCUACAAUAUAUUUUUUCCUUACACCUGGAAAAUUGAUAGAAGAUGAAAUUUCGUGAGUCGCGUGCGGCUAUGCGUCGCGGUCGGGAGACAAUCAAUACACGUCGUAUGGUCGUGUAUUACACGACCCUACAAGGCGUCCGUUGAGUCAGACGCGAGACGACGAGAGUAUUCUGCAAAAAUAUCCCGGAAAUGAACUUCGCUUCGAGAUAUUUUCAAUAAAACAUGUGUUCCUUGAAACAAAAUACGGUAUUUUUUCAAAGGGACACACAUAUUUUCUCAAAAAUAUCUCGAAGCGAUCUGUCUUAGAUGACGUCAUCAGACUCCCGUCGUCUCUCGUCUGACCCGAGGGGCAAUCAUAUUUCCCUUUUCUUCCCGACCGCGACGCAUAGCCGCUCGCGUCUGAAGAAAUAAUUUUGGGAAAUCAAAUUUUUUGAAAACAUCCCCAAUCUACCGAUUUCUUUAUAGAUCAGAAGUUUUCAAAGAUUACAACCUAACCAUAGAUCAAAUUGUCUAUGUUGGUGGAAGUUGGCGAGAUCAAAAUGGAGAAAUCAAUACCUACAUCGCAAAAGUUUCAGUGAUCUUUGGAGCAAUAAUGGUAGCCCUACCCCAAAUUCUAUGUAUCUACUUUUAAAAAUCUUCCAGACCAUCUCCGUCUUAACAGUCAGUUUCUUCGGCUUUCGAAUCUAUCAUCUCAUCCAAAACCUGAUUAAAAAAGGGCGCUCCGAAUUCACAAGAAAUUUGCAAAAGCAACUCUAUAAAGCGUUGAUUUUACAAACUAUAAUUCCAGUCAUCAUGCUUUAUCUUCCAGUUGGUUGCUUCAUUUUCCUCCCAUUCUUCGUCAAACACGCGAAAAUCGUUGGAAAUAUUGUUAAUAUUGGAUAUGCGAUUUAUCCAGUAUUAGAUCCUCUUCCAACUCUUCUAAUCAUCGACAAUUAUCGUAGGGCAAUUUUGUAUGUUAUCUGUUUUUGUCCAGAUCAAAAAGUUGGGCCGAUGGAAAGAUCGAAUUCUGAAUCUAGAGCUACUACUACGGUGGAUAAUUGA